GUUCGACCUUCAUUUGCGCGCAAAACAUGUAGUCUCGAACCACGUCCGCAAGCAGAACAGCUUGCAACUCGUCCAGUGUGGAAGUUCGCUCUAUAUUUUUGACUGCCACAACAAUUAAAAAGCAUGGCAGAGGCGCGCUCAUUUGAUGACUUCAUCGAGAAGGACCUCGGCUGGCGUGGCUUUGGUCCCGCACAAUGGGUUUUACUGCUCAUCGGCGGCCUCGCAUAUGUCACCAUGGGCGCCGUGAUGUUUCUCAACGUGUUUCAAGUUGGCACUCAGUCAGAAUGGCUCUGUGUGGCGCCGGACGCCAGUGGCCUGUGCGGGGGGAGCCUCGACGCCGGCCGCGCACUCCUGUCCCGGUUGCCUACCGGGCAGCUCCUGCAGCCUCCCCCCACGGCGCCUACGUCGCCCCGGGCAGCUGCCCAUGCCCCGUUCGGCCCCAGUACAGCUGCAGUUCCAAAUCCCGAGCCUGCAGCGACAGCUGCAACCAUCGGAACCGUGGCUGCGGCGGCUGUGAAGCGCCAGCUGCGGAGCAGCAGCGGGGCCGCGGCCGCCGCUCCGGAUGCGGCCGCGCCAGGCGCCAGCAUGUGUGGUCUGAGCCCCGGCACGCAGUACGUAUGGGCACAUCCCACGUUGACGCUGGCAUCGGAGUAUAAUCUGGUGUGCGGCGACACAUGGAAGGUGUCGCUGCUAGAGACGUUGUUCUUUGGUGGCUUCAUGGCCGGCAACGGGAUUUUCGGCCGCAUGGCGGACCGACACGGCCGCCGUGCCACCAUGGCGGGAUGCGCCGCCGCCACCGCCGCCCUCACAGCCCUGUCGGCGGCACCACACCUGGUUGCCACUGGCCCCGGCGUGCGCGCAGCCGAGGCGUGGGCUGCUGCGUCGGCGGCGGCAGCAGCUGCUGCUGCAGGGAAUAGCAGUAGCUCGAGCGGUAGCGGCAGAAGCAGUGGCAUUAGCUCAAGUGGCACCAGCAGCCAGGGCGACUUCGGCGGCGGCGGUGGCUUCUACCUGAACAUGGUGCUUCGCUGCCUGAGCGGUGUGGUGUGUGCGGGGCAGGCACUGGGCGCGUACGUGCUGGCGACAGAGGUGGUUGGGCCGGCUUGGCGCGGCACCGCAGGCAUGCUGACGCAGACGUUCUACAUCCUGGGUGAGUUCCUGCUGGUGGGCCUGUCGCUUGCGCUGCCGGCCUGGCGCCACCUCACCCUGGCCACGGCGCUGGGGUGCGGCCUGGUGGCGGCGCUGGUGCCGCUGGUGCCGGAGUCGCCGCGCUGGCUGCUGCUGCACGGCCGACACCGCCAGGCGCACGCGGCGCUGAUGUGGGUGGCCAGACUGAACCGCCGCUCGCGCUCGCAGCCGCUCCCCGCCUUCAGCUGCACGCCCGAUGGCGACAUCCGCCUGCACCACCGCGGCAGCGGACCCGCAGGGGCUGAUGCCGCGGAGCAGGGCUGCGGCUACGGCCGGGCCUCGUUGACCGAAGGGCUCAUGCGCGGCGGUGGCAGUCGCGAGGGCAGCGGCAGUCGCGAGGGCAGCGGCAGUCGCGAGGGCAGCGGCAAGAGCGAGGGCGGAAGCGCGCGAGCGAGCCAGUUGGCAGCCAGCGGCGGGGGCAGCCCGGCAGCUGGCGACGGCACGCACCGGGUCUCCGGGCCGUGUCUGUUCCAGCGGCCCUCCGAGCUGGGGCUAGCCAGUAUGGGUGGCAGCCGGCACGGCGCGAGUGAGGGAGACCUGCGUGGGCAGGGGCAGCAAGAGGAGGAGGAUGAGCAGCAAGAGGAGGAGGAGGACGGGUGUCAUGGAGGGGAAAGGGCGCCGCUGUGUGGCACCAGCAGCAGCAGCGCUGCCCCGCCCGCAGCCGUGGCCGCUGCGCCGGGGGCAGCGGCGGCGGCAGUCGCCGGCGCCUGCGCUGUGAGCGGCAGCGCCUUGCGGGCGGCACAGCCGGCCGGGCAGGCGGCAGGUGGCUUCGGGCCGCCUGCUGCUCGGAGGAGCAAGGAAGCGUCACGGGGGCACGAGGCUGCGCUUUUGGCGCGAUGCGAGCGGGCGCUUGGUGACGCUACUGCCGACCCGGUGACGGGGCUGGCUGCUGCCGGCGGCGAUCGGGCCGACGCCGAUGGGGCUGCUGGUGCUGCCGCGGCUGCCGCGACCGAAGCUGAAUCCGGAUCCCUGCGGCUAAUCCUGGCGCACGGCGUCACACGUUCGCUGCUGCUGUCCGCCAGCUUCGUCAUGUUUGCGCUGUCGGUCGCCUACUACGGCGUCACUCUGGCGCUGGGCACACUCGCCGGCUCGCUGCACCUCAACUUCUUCCUAACAGCCGUCGCCGAGCUACCCGGUUACCUGGCCAUAGCUGCCACAACGGACAAGCUGGGCCGGCGGGUUGUGAUCGGGGGCGGCACCGCGCUGGCCGGAGUUGCCUGCCUGCUGUGUGCCUUCGCGUCAGGAGGGCCUAUCCAGGUGGCACUGGCUAUGGCAGGCAAGCUGGGGUGCAGCGGCGCCUGGGCGGUGGGGCUCACAUUCGCCUCCGAGCUCUUCCCCACCAGCUUGAGGUCCGUGGCGCUGUCGGUGGCGAGCCAGUCUGGAGACCUGGGCGGCCUGGUGACGCCAGUGCUGUUGCUGCUGGGGCCCAAGGGCAGCCGUCUGGAGCGACUGCCGUUCGCGGGCAUGGGGCUGAUGGCGCUGGCGGCGGUCGCGCUGGUCUGGCGGCUGCCCGAGACGCGCGGCAUGCCACAGCUGGAGACGUUCGAGGAGCUGCUUGAGUGGCUCAGGCGGCGGGGCCCGGGUGUUAGCCUUGAUGCGGAGCGUGCAGGCGACGCAGCGGCCGGGCAUGCAGGUGGUUUGAUGGAGCCAGCAGCUCUGGCAGGAGGUGGACGGGGCCGGUGUCUCAGCAGGUCCGCAAGCAAGGACCAUAGCGGCAGCAGUAAGGGCCGGAGCAACGUUGGUGGUGGUCUUGGUGGUGGUGCAAAGAGUUGGGUCUGUGAAGAAGCAGCCUGGCUGAGGAUGGAAGCGGGUGGCGCGAUGGGUAGUGAUGAAGGCCAGGCGGGCCCGAAUACGGAACAAGCCCCGCUUUUGGAGCGGCGCCUGACCUCCAACGAGCUAGAGCUGCCUGCUGUGAGGCCCUAGUUGCACGUAUAGCUGGCGCUGCGAGUCGAGACGAGGUUGGUCACUGUGGUGUUAGCCUGAGAGGCGGGCAUGAUGCUGGUUGCUGCCAUGUCUCUACGGUGGAUUCCGUGUGCACCUCAGCACCUAGGGACGUACCACAAGCCGCGGGGUGAGGCACAUGAGAGGUGCGCCGAUGCUGGCGACUACUCAAACCGCAAGUGACCUGUGACCCUCUCCAGUCUCCCGGCGUGUGGGACUGGGCUACAUGUCUUAUUGACUGACGAGUCCGUGGCAGCCCAUGAGCAGGAAACGCCGUAAAAGGACUUGAUGACGAGCUGGGGCUUUCCGUGUGUGGGACUUCUGCGCCGUCAGGCCUU